AUGACUGACUACUCCGUCAAGAAAAUCUCUCCGAAACUCGGAGGAGAAAGAGGAACUCGAAACCCUAACGGCCCAACUUCUUCACAUGACCUCGUCGAGCAAAUGGAGUUUCUUUACGUAGAAGUAAUCAAAGCCAUCAACAAAUCUGUCGUAUACCCUGUCACCCACGCAUGUACCCCUGUCGUCGAAAUCACUCUCGGCAACUACAGGUCCUCCACCAGAGAUCUACCAGUGGGACCAAACAGGGCCUGGAACCAAGUCUUUGCUUUCGACAAAUCCAAAGCUGAUGUCUUGUCCGUUGCCCUAAAAGACGAUCGUAACAAUACCUUGAUUGGCAAGCAAAACUUCAAGGUGGCUGCCGAUAUUCCGUCUAGGGUUCCCCCGGAUGCAAGAAUUGCUCCUCAGUGGUACCCUAUAACGAGCACUGUGGAAGGUUACCACAUGGAGUUGCUGAUGUCGGUUUGGUUCGGUACACAAGCCGAUGAGGUUUACUCAAACGCUUGGUUUGCUGAAACGUCUACUGUACCUGCUAGUUGCAUGAUCAACACGCGACCUGAACUCUACCUAGCUCCAAGGCUUUGCUACGUUAGGGUUACGAUUGUCUCAGGUCAUGAUUUGAUUGCUAGAGAACGAGAACGAACACCUAACGUUUACGUGAAGGCGAUUCUAGAUAAAGUCUGUUUAAAAACCUCGCCUAUCCCUGGUUCGGACCCGUCGUGGAAUAAAGAUCUCAUCUUUGUAGUUUCAGAGUCGUUAGAAGGAACGGUCGAAUUUGAACUAUGGGAUGUCAUCAAGACUGAUCACGAAGAAUGCAUAGCGAAAUUUGAAAAGAAGGUCUCAGAGAUGACAGCGCUUAAAGUUCCAGGAUCCGCAUCGGCUCUGUUCUACGACAUUAAACCGGCCGGUGGUGUCUAUCCGGAAGGCGAUACGAGGAAUUUCUCCAGCAGACUCAAGAUGAAGCUAUCCACUGAUCAAUCCUACCACGUCUUUGACGAAUGUACCCAAUACUGUAGCGAUUACCGUGCCUUCGCGAAAGGGUUAUGGCCCGGUACGUUAGGGAAGCUAGAGGUUGGUAUUCUUGGUGCAACCGAUUUACCUGCCAUCAAAGACAUAAAGGAGAAGCACAAGAACGCUUAUGUUGUAGCAAAGUAUGGUAAUAAAUGGGCCAGGACUCGAACCGUGGUCGAUAACAAGUCUCCCAAGUGGAACGAGCAGUAUUCUUGGGACAUAUACGAGAAGUGCACUGUCUUAACGCUUGGAGUCUACUACAACCUUCAGGUCUAUAGUAACCGAAAGCUCAAUGACUAUCCGGUCGGGAAAGUGAGGAUCCCAUUGAGUUUACUUGAGUGGAACAGGAUCUACACUGGUUCUUAUCCGAUCUUGGUUGUAGGUAAAGAAGGGUUAAAGAAAUCAGGUGAGGUUCAGCUCGCGGUUCGUUGUUCUUGUCCUCCUCCAACGUUAGAGUUCUUUCCACCUUCCUACGCGUUUGCUACGGCUCCUUUCCGUUGGCUGUUACCGAAGUCUCAUUACAAGUCUCCAAUAUCGAUUUCGCAGAUCGAGAAACUGCGAGAGGUAGCUGUCGACAUUAACUGUAAGAACCUGGCGAGAACAGAGCCGCCGUUGAGAGAUGAAGUCGUUAGGGAUAUGCUGAGUCCCAAGAGUAAGGACUUCAGUUUGAGAAAAACCAAAGCUAAUCUCGACAGGCUUAACGACUUCUUUGCGUGUCUGUCAAGCAAGUAUGGUCAGUGGGAUGCAAAUAUCAGGUCCACGACAGAUAAUACUCCGAAAUGUAUUGCGGUUGUUGUCUGCUUUUGCGUUCUUUGGGUGCUUCCGUUGCUGACGUGGUUGGUGCUUUAUGUAUAUCUACCUUGCCUUGGGGCGUUCGGUGUUUACGCAGGGUUGGUGUUCUUGCUCGAAGGGUAUAAUGAGAAAAGGCGCGGUGUCUGCGCUCCUCCUCCUUUGGUUCUCUUCGACUUGAAGCUCUCGAAGCUCGACAAACUCGAGGACACGCAGGCGCGUGACGAGAUAGCCGAGGAGUUCGACAAGACCUCGGAUGUAGACCCGAAAGUUCUUACGGUGAGGUACGAUAGGUUGAAAGCUAUUGGUGCGGACGUGAUGGUGCUUUUUGGGGAAGCUGCGUCACAGUUUGAAAGGGUUUACGCGCUUUACAUGUUAUGUAAGACGAAUAGACUCGUGUUGUUUUGUGUCCUGGCCCUGGGUUACCCGGUCUUGUUCAUCUAUUACUAUUUCUCGUUGGAGAGUCUGGUUAAGGCUUGCAUUAUGCUCUUUGUUUUCAAAUGGGUUAACUUCACGUUUGCUCGCUACGAUCUGCCCUCUGGCAUCAAGAACUUCUUCAGAAGAUUGCCUAACAAAGAACACCUCAUGAUGUGA